AAGCGCGCUCUUCCGGACGGGAACAGCUCUACCUGCACGUGAAGUUGGAGACGAUGGAAGUGCUAUCUGACUCCAAGGUGCGUGCUGAGUCUGAAACCCAGGCUGGUCCCAGGGGCCCGGGUUGCAGCCUUCGGCACUUUGCCUGCGAACAGAACUUGUUGUCCCGACCGGAUGGCUCUGCCUCUUUCCUGCAAGGGGACACCUCUGUCCUGGCGGGGGUGUAUGGGCCGGCCGAGGUCAAGGUCAGCAAGGAGAUCUUCAACAAGGCCACGCUCGAGGUGAUCCUGAGGCCCAAGAUUGGACUGCCUGGUGUAGCAGAGAAGAGCCGGGAGAGACUCAUCAGGAACACAUGUGAAGCAGUGGUCCUGGGGGCCCUGCACCCCCGAACCUCCAUCACUGUAGUGCUGCAGGUCAUCAGUGACGCUGGCUCCCUCCUGGCCUGCUGCCUGAAUGCCACCUGCAUGGCCUUGGUGGAUGCGGGGGUGCCCAUGCGGGCCCUCUUCUGUGGGGUCACCUGUGCCCUGAAGUCUGAUGGGACCCUUGUGCUGGACCCCACAGCCCGGCAAGAGCAGGAGGCCCGGGCAGUCCUGACCUUCGCCCUGGACAGCGUGGAUCGGAAGCUGCUCAUGUCCAGCACUAAGGGCCUCUACUCUGAUGCUGAGCUCCAGCAGUGUCUGGCCGCGGCCCAGGCGGCCACCCACCAUGUCUUCCGCUUCUACCGGGACUCGCUGCAGAGACGUUACUCCAAGAGCUGAGGGGCGCUUCCCCCCAUCACCACCCACACUCCCCACAGA